AUGCCUCUGUCCGGUGCCGACAAAUCGAACUCGCGCCAGCAACAUCCCCAAGACACGAAUGGCCAUGGCCCUUCCAGUUCGUUCAAGUGCCGAGAUGCCCCCUUACAUGCCAAUAGGCACCUGCGAGUUAUCUGCAUCGGAGCAGGUGCUUCAGGUUUAUACCUCGCGUAUAAGCUGAAAUACUAUUUCACUGAUUUCACCCUCAAUAUUUAUGAGAAGAACCCGGAAGUUGGAGGGACUUGGUUUGAGAACCGCUAUCCUGGUUGCGUGUGCGAUGUUCCAGCUCAUGUUUAUACCUACACCUUUGAACCUAAAUGGGACUGGUCCUCCUUGUUCGCUCCCGCGCCGGAGAUCUUGAAAUACUUCUGUGAUUUUGUCAACAAGUAUAAGCUGCGCGAAUACAUCUCCUGCAACCACGAAAUUAUCGGUGCCAGAUGGGACGGGACCACUUCAGAUCGCUGUGAUUUUUUAAUCAAUGCAGGCGGCUAUUUGAACAAGUGGCGUUGGCCUUCGAUCCUGGGUGUCGAAAAUUUCAAAGGUCCAAAGCUCCACAGCGCUGCCUGGGAUGGCUCCAUUGAUCUCAAGGGCAAGCACAUAGGUCUAAUUGGCAACGGGUCCUCAGGAAUUCAACUGCUACAGAAGUUACAGUCUGAGGUCUACCAUCUAACAACCUUUAUUCGCAACCCUUUUUGGAUCUGCUCAUUAAAAUUACCUCAAUUCUAUAUAUACAAAGACGAAGAGAAGCAAAGUUUCCGCGACGAUCCUACAAUGUGGCUCCAGAUGCGCAGGGCAACCGAGAGAGCAUUAGCCGGCGUCUUCCCCCUUUUCGUAAAAAAUUCUGCUACCCAAAAGGCCGCCUCAGCAUAUAUGAAGGACCAAAUGAUCCAGAAAUUGGGAGACAAAGAACUAAGUGAUAGAUUAAUUCCAAAUUUCGGACUGGGUUGCCGGAGAAUCACACCGGGCAUCGGGUAUAUGGAGAGUCUGUCCGAACCCAACGUAUCAGUCGUGUUCGGCAAUGUCACUGAGAUUACGGCCGACGCCUGUGUUACGGAUGACGGUCGCAAUUGGCCAAUUGACAUUCUAAUAUGCGCCACUGGGUUUGACACAACUUUUCAGCCGCAGUUUCCUCUGAUCGGGCGUGAUGGCAAGUCGCUGGCGGAUGAAUGGACGGAAGAGCCACGAAGUUACUUGGGCAUGGCCGUCCAUGGCUACCCCAACUACUUCAUGUUCUUGGGGCCCAACAGUCCUAAUGGCAAUGGGCCUUUGAUGUGCGCAAUUGAAGCACAGGGCCAGUACAUGGCGCAUUUCAUGAACCGCUGGCAGAAAGAGGACCUUGCUUCUAUUGAGCCCAAGGUUGCAGCAGUCAACGAUUUCAUGGAGCAGAAAGACGCCUUCAUGAAGACCUCGGUAUGGGGUAACAACUGCUCGUCCUGGUAUAGGAACCACAAAACGGGCAAAGUUACGGCUCUCUGGCCUGGAAGUACCCCGCAUUACCUGGAGGCAACUGUGGCACCGCGGUACGAGGACUUUGACAUAGGUUAUAGGACCAAUCGCUUCGCCUAUCUCGGAAACGGCUUUUCGCAGGCAGAGCUUAACCCUAAUGUCGACUCAGCUGACUAUAUUAGAAACGAAGAUUGUGGCGAGCUACUUUGCAGAAGCCUAGAGAGCACCUUCAACGCAAAAAAUGCCGAUAGGUUAAUGAAUGAGAUCUGCGAAAGCAUUAUCUAA